AUGAAGAUCCAGAAAAAGAUCGGUAUUCUUGCCUGUGAAGAUGCACCAGGGUGGGGAGGGGAACAGGGAAUCAGCAAUUACAUCACAAAACAGUUUGGAAGAAUUGAAGAUGGCGUUGCUACCGAAUUCGUGCAUUUUCAUGCAGUCACUGGCCAGCUACCUCAAGAAGAUGAGAUCAAAAGCUUCGAUGGAUUCGUUAUCUCUGGAUCGCAUUAUUCUGUAAACGAUAGACACAAUUGGAUCGACAACCUUAUUAAUUUUGUAAGGUCGUUGUAUGACCUUCCUAAUAGGCCCAAAUUGUUUGGUAUAUGUUUUGGACACCAACUAAUUGCCAAAGCUCUUGGUGGCAAGGUGGAAAACAAUUCAUCAAAAAGGUUUGUCUGGGGUACGGAAAAAAUUGAGUUGGCAGCACCACUUCGAGUAAAUUCCUUGUUAAGCAGAGCGUUCGGAGAGAGACGCGGGCAUUUCAAAAUUGCUCAGUCACACGGCGAAUGGGUGUCGGUUCUUCCGAAGGAAGCAGUGUGCAUCGGAAGAUCAUCUUCUUGUGAACAUGAAGUUUUGAUGUAUGGUGAAACAAUAAUGAGCACACAAGGACAUCCAGAGCUUGUUAAAGAAGCUUUGGUGGGUAACAUCUUGCCAAGGCUGCUUGACAAAGGGAUUUUGAAUGCAGAAGAAGAAAGAGUGGCAUUGCAGUCGCUUAGUGAUGAAGAUCAGUACAAACUCAUUCAGUUUGUAAAGAUGUUUUUGGUAGCCAAUUGA